CGUAUAAACAUCAACACAGCAUAAGCAGUUGAAUAAAAUCUGAUUUGUUGUGGUUUAUAAGUUUAGUGUUUCAUGAUGGAAGAGAUGGAGAUUAAACCAAGCGAUAGAGGCAAUUAUCUCAUAGAGAAAAUGUUAAAUUGUCCUGACCGUGGAAUUGAACUGAAAGCCUGCAUGGAAGAAAUAUGUGUGCACAUUCAAUCUCUCAAGAACUAUUCUGGAGACAUCAAUAACCUCCAGUAUUUUAGCAUCUUAUACAUUGAAAAAUUACUUGAUGUCUACAACCAUAAACAAAUGCAGACAUUUCUUUCACCUUUAUUGGACAUAUUUAAAUUCCAUAUUAAUUCUGAAAUGAUUCAUGCAAUUGGUGAGCAUCUUUUUUCCUACUUGGACAGUCAACUUCAUGACUUGAAGAAAGAACAAUUAUUGCUUUUUUAUUUGCAAAUGCUACAUAUAGCACAAACUGUAAAAAACAUUGAGGCACAUACAAUUUUUCCUAUAAGUGAAAUGAUCCUGUAUAAAUUCAUGGAUCAUAUCUUAGUUUGCAAGAAUGUGCUACUUCAAAAGUUGGAGUUGAAGAUUUUUCAUUUAUUGUUACCAUCAUUGGACCAAUGUGUUGCUCAGACAUUUUUUCCUGGUAAAAGAUUGUUGCAAACUGCGUUGCAAACAUUUAAAAACACUGAAUUUAAUUUUGGUGUCACAACUUUUAUAAACUGCUUAGCAAAUGCGCAGAAUGAUAGAAUUGUAUCUCUUGAGACAAUGUAUAUAACAAUAGCGGGCAAACAGUAUGGAAGAAAUCAAGAAAACGAGCGCACAUAUAUUGACUUCGACUGCGCACGUCGUACAGUCACCUUACGACUUCUAACACAAGGAAUGAAAAUGCAGCCUGUUUCAAUACGCAUCAAGAAUACCGAUAUUGAUGCCGUCUUUUCAAAAGAAUUUAUAAGACUAGACGCCGCUGAAGUUUUGAUAAUCUUAAAAGAACCGCUUCUUAUAAAAUUUCUUAAUCACAGAGUAAAGAAUUUAAAAUUUCGCUUCAAUACACAAUAUCUUCAGGAACUUACUGUUUAUAAGAGCAACAGUUUUUUAAACUUCUUCUUUGGCGACUUAAAGGUUUUUCAAAAAGCGGGAGAAACUGAGAUGCAAGAACGUUCGGAUGUGUCUAAACUGCAAUCGAUGUCAUCCGCGGGACAUCACUUGAGGGGUCCUUCCGGUUGUGAGCAAACAUCAUCUUUAACUAGUGUGACUGAAGGUUACACUACUAAAGUGGACACGGUCUUAAGCACCUCGCAAAUGCACACAAUUAUAAGCUUAUCUUCCGAGGCAAAUAUAAGUUAUUCGGGGUUUAUGGUUCCAUGCGCAUCUACUCCAGAUAGAUGCGAGAAUAAGAAACUCGACGAUACUACUCGAAUGGAAAAUGAUUCCAGUACUUCAAUUUAUAUGGAAACAAUGUUGCAAGAAGCAAAUCUUUCUGAAACUAUGGAGCCAUCACGCAUUACUGUGCUUUCGAAUGUUACUAUUACGCCUAACGUUGAACAAAGUACAACAUUAGUUGGCUUAGUCGAAUCUGAUACGGUGAAUAACAGUGAAUUACCGGCAGAGAAACCAACAUCUCAAAAUUUAUCAUCACUAAAUUCUCAUAUCUUAAAAAGUCUUCCAUCGCUUAAUUCAGAAGUUAACGAAGACUUUUGUUCACCAGAAAUGAGUAUUGCAAUUGAGGGGAAUCUAAAUAAUUCUAUUCGAGGUAAUGCUACAAAAGAUUUCACGCGGACUCAGAAAACCACUUCGCCGAUAUGUUACCAAAAAGCUCCUAGUACUCAACAUAAAACUACCGAGAAUGAAAGUCUAAGUGUAACAUUUAUAAGUGAUGAAAUCUCCAGCAUUUAUAAAUCACCUGAACAGUUUUCAACUGCUUCUAUGACAGGAAUGGUACCGGAGCAAAUGAAUAAUGAGGAUUUGUUAAGUUCUGAUAAUAGUGGAAAUCAAAUUUAUCAAGUUCUCACAGAUUUAAGAAGCCCGGUAACGUUGAAGUCUCAUGUCUCAGUUGGCUUGGGUUCAGAUAACUUCACUGAUGAAACAGAUAAAGAUACCGAUGAUUGCAAAAUGAUUUCAGAUGAAUUUUAUUCGGGGGGUGAUGAAACAUUGAUCAUUGGUAAUAAUAAUGAUAAAGAAGUAGUUGUUGAUGAUAAUAAUAUGCUUCAUGACACGGAAAACACUUUUUAUUCAGUAACGAGUUUCAUUGAUGAGGGUCAGGGUGAUACAACUGCCGUAUUGCAAGAAAUGCCGCAGUUGAGUACAGAAAUGACACAUUCACAGAGUUUUGACUCGCAUUCUUUAAUUAGUGAAAGUUUGUCAGCUACUAAACCAUACAAUACCGUAAUUGAUCAGAAUGAAUUGGAAAUGAAUGGAACUAACGUUGGAAGUGGAUAUUUUUAUGUAAGUGACUUGGGUGUUGAUGAACACAACAAUAACUUAUCUUACGAAGACACAAGAGAAAUUAAUUCGAAUAUUGUGUAUGAAGAACACGUUUCUGACUCAACUUAUUUAUUAAUUGAGCCAGAAACUGCUGAAUCAAACAAGAUGUUAGACAUAAUGAAACCAAAACAAUGCAAUGUUCAAGUUAAUAUGCAGAAAAUACUGAGUGAUGGAUUGGAUGCAAGUGUAUAUACUGACUUGGAUUUGGUUUUGUCGCCAACCACAAUCGAAAAUGAAACGCACGCUUCCAACAGGUCUCAUUCUGUGUUGACUGAUAAGCAAUGUUUCAUGACUAACCGUUUUCAUAGAGGUGCAUCAGAAGAAUAUUUGAUGGUUGGAUCAGUUGCAUCUGAAGAAAUAUCGCGCAAUUCGGAUAAAUUAUCAGCUUUAGAUAGAAAUAUAGAUCAAAGCGAUAUCGAUAUGGAGAUGAGUCAUGAAAUUGAAAGGGAUAUCUCCCGCACAGAAGAAGUUCACGACCCAACCUACGUUGAUUAUAACAUGGAUGUGGCGUCUUCUGUUACAUCUGCGAAUUUAUUGAGUCAUGUUGAAUGUAAUUCCGCCAUAAAUGCGCAGAAUACUGAUAUACAAGUUUCACGUCCAUUGGAGAGGUUUCAAUCCGAUGUACCAUAUUUAUUUGAGACUGAUUCCGAUGAUUUAGCAACUAAAGCCUUAAAUGCUACUUUCAAAAGUAAGGACGUCAUUGAAGAACCAACAUGUUUUCCGGCUAAUUUUCAAAGAAUGGAAGUAACUACUACUAGUCAUAUAUUAUCUGAAGGCCAUGUUAGAAGUGAAUUGUUCGAUAAUUCUCCGAAUUGCUUAAAUCAGGAUCAAGUACCAAUUCUUGAGCAGACGGAAGCUGCCAUUCUUUCUCAAGAGUGUAGACACACGUCAUCAACUUCAUCUCAUGAGCUCAUACCUACUGAUGUAAAUACAAUGGAUAACUCAAAUGAAAAUACAGUUUAUUUAGAACUAGAAGUUCCGUUGAUAGGUUCCGAAGUUAUUGACACUGAUCAAAUUGCAAUUAGUGAAGAUGCCACUGCAAUGGAAUGUGAAAUGGAGGUUUUAGUAACACCAACGCCUUCCAAAUCGAUACCACAAUCAUCUAUCACUGCACCAGCGUCUUGUGCUUCUUCAAGUAUGCAAUUAGAUACAGAACAGUUGCCAAAUGUCUCGGAACAUUCUGUGCUCAUGGAUAAUGUUAAUUCUGAAGCGGUAUUAUUUAAUAAAAACGUGACACCUACGGAGGCCGAUGGAUAUGUAACUCAAGAAGUUGCAACUAUCGAAAAUGAGAUAGAGAUGUUAGAAAAUUCUCCACAAUUGCUAUCACAAUCGACUAAAAAUGUACCACCUUCUUUAAAUACCCAUGGCGAUUCGGAUUCUACUCAUCAUGUGUUGAUAGCUUCACCCCUGCCCAAAGAAGUUGCACAUGAAAUCACAAAGAAAAAGAUGGAUGAUACUCUUACUGCACAUGCUACAGGUAACACAGAAUUGCAAGAAUCACUGCCGAGGCUGAUUUUAGAAGAUUGUGAAUCACAAAAUUUAUCGUCAUUUAUUUUGUUACCACCUGAAAGAAUGGAAAAUUUUGGUGGAGAAUCUGUGUUAAAUGAUGAAGAUUCUCCAAGAAACCUCGGUAAAAACGUAGAAAAUGAGCCAAAAACUGUUGUUAAUGGUGCAUCUGAACAUGAAUUAUUAGAAACUCCAUCAAACUUAGUUUCUCCGGUUUCCAAAAUUGCAUCACCAUGUCGGGGUUUUAAAAGUGCUCAAAUAGAAUCAGAAUCAAACUCUCUUAAUUUGUUAGAUACUGUUUUGAAAGAUAAUACUAAUAUAGUACCUGAAGCAAAACCAUCUUCUUUAACUGAAGAGGAACCGCUUCGCGAUUGUGAUAAAACUGUUGAUGUAAUCCCAUCAAAAGUUAUUGAAGUCACCCCGAUAAAUGAUUGUGAAGAGGAGAUGUUAGAAACCACAUCGCGAUUCUUUAAACCAAAGACACUUUUAAAUAUCGAACAAGAGCAAUGUAUUCAACGAUCUUCACCAAUUUUACAAUCUCAACAAAAUGAGUAUACUUCUCGAGAUUUAUCAUCGGAAUUAACCAGAAAAAGAAAGAGAAAGCACACAUCAAAACAUACCAAAGCAUAUAAAGCUAAAAAACUUAAAAUUUUGCACCAUGUACAAGAAAACACUGAAAAUGAAAAUAUUUCGCCCACAUCAGAUACAUCACCUUUAUUUGUUUUCAACGAGGAGAAACAACCGAAAGAAACCACUGCUAAUAUUUCGAAUACUAAAACGACUUCUCUCCGGUGGAGGAAGACAUUCAAGACAAAUUUGAAUUAUCAGCGGACGAACAAGCACUGAUUAUGGACGCGUUGAAAUCUCAAAUUGUAGUUCCAACACCAAACAACGAAAACGGCAUUGCAACCUCUGCAGUACCGCCAGUAUCUGAACCAAUAACCGCGGAAAAUCCUAAAAUUCCUGAGAAUCACACACCAUCAUUGUAUUCAGACGCAAGUGCAUCUCAUUCUCAGGAUAAAUCAAAACCUUCGGAAGAAGAAGAGUGUUUAAAGCCUUCACGACCAGUAAGCCGGGAAUCAGUAGCAAUGUCAAUUUGCUCCGUUGUAGAACCGUCAAGAGAUGAAGAACAGCCGAGUAUUUCAGCACCUGUGGAAAGCGUUCAACAAUCUUCAGAACAAACUUCUGAACCGUUGCCGAGUUUCAAAUUACCAACAUCUGAAACGGUUCCAUUUGUCCCAUAUCAAAUUACUCCAGCAAGAAAGCAAACAGCUAUUCAAUCAAUGAUGCGCAUUCGCGAAUAUUUUGCGGGCCACUCUGGGCCUCCACGACUUCGUGGGCGACCAUCGUUUAGACCAUUGCCUGAAAAUGCUCAAAAUGAACUUUUACAGAAUGUGCGUUCCAUUAAGUAUGAAAUAUUGAAAACAAUCUUGAAGAUGGACGACGAAUAAUAAGCCAAAUGCGGAAUUUUAUUAACUCUAAGGAAAACGUUUUUAUGAGAAGGU